AUGCCGACACCACAUGACCAAUUCAACGGCGGUGCCCACGGUGUUAACUACCUCUGGCGUCGACGUCAAGAUCGACCCCACCACGACUGCGGACAGCUGGGCCACACACGAAACAAACUGCAAUGCCGCGUGUGUCGUUGCUUGGACACGCACGCACACCCCGCGACUUCCCACGCCAAUACACACGAUCGGCCACGAUGCCGACAAAGCACACAUUGUCGUCAUGCAAUGCGUUCAUCACCGAUCGAAUAUGCGUCCAAGCCGUCGCGAACACCGCACACGCUUCCGCCUUCAUCAGCGAAAACACCACCAAAUGCUGCCUGCGUUCUGGCUGAGCGUGAGGCCGCCUUUGAUGGUGGAAUUCAGCGUGCCUUCUUUGUCCAGUUGGGUUUGAGCGAGAUCCCUCGCCACACCCAGCAUGUCUUGGUGAUGGAGGCUAGCAAACGACGACGAUGGGGCGAACGUCAACAAGGAUCUGGUCCAGUGCAUAUCUAA